AUGCGGCCACCUCCUACAGGACAUAUGGUGAUCAACAUGAAGACAACCAUCACCACCCAUGGAGCUCACAAUGGUGUUAUUGUGCAUGCUGGUGUACAGUCAGGUGGAGCGGGAACAUCUCAAGGCUCCCAGUGGUACAUACCGUCACAGUUCCCACAAAUUGAAACACCCGGCGGUACGACUCUUCAUGCCGUUGCUGCUGGAACCAGUCAGGAGAAUUUGGCAACAAGUUGGCCUUCUCUACACGUCAACACUGCGUCUCCUAUACCGGAACAGCGGCCGUCUCGGCAGGAUCGGUCUCCAUUGCUGUCACGCCAAGAGCCUUCCCCACAACCUCGACGACGUGAACCUUCUCCACUUCCUCGACGGAAUGGCCCUUCUCCACAAUUCCGACGGCAAGAGCCUUCGCCACCACUACGGCGAGCUCCAUCUCCGCCUGCAUCGCCAGUUUUCUCAUUUACUGGUCGGGAUUCUCCACCGGACGAAUUCAUUCAACCCACGAAGGUCACCCUGAAUGUGUUCAACCCGGGACAUUCCCAGCCAAUCGCCUAUGAAACAGCCCUCCGUCGUGCGAAUUCCCAAAAUACCGAUGCCCUUAUCAACGAUUCUGUCACAACCACGACUACAAUUGAAGUGUUCCGUACGCCGUUGGAUCCAUCAAAUCCGGAUAGAGUUGUAGCAUUACCUCCACCGCCAGUACCCAGUAUUGAUGAUCGACCAUUGUUAUUAAGGAUGAAUGGACCCGGAUACGAAAAAUGGUCCAGCCAAAGAACGGAGACUCUUAUCAACGAUCGCCCUGUACAAGGUGUACCUGCCCAUCCCGGGAAAGCUGUCCAAUGGAAAGAAACGCUGGUUGAAGGGCUGCAAGGACCGAAAAAAGUUUACGAUCCUUAUUCGGGACAACGAUCCCCAUACGCAAAUGCAGUGACGUCUCCACAACCUCCUGCUCAUCACCAAUUCCAACUUCCCACGGUGAACUCGUUUGAUGAACGAUUACUGCCACGACCCGCGUCGAAUAAGACCGCCUAUGUCGUUCAAUCUCCCACGGGAUUUUCAACAGUCUCCCAUCCGCUCAUAACGAAUUCCAAUGAAGAUCUGAGCAGGACACAAUAUCAAAGAAGCCCGGUACCGGCUGAUUCUGGUGGUUACCAUGAAAUAAUCACUCAUCCUGCGGUUCCUGAUACGACAUUGGACUACCGUACUCAGCACAGUGAAACUCCAAUUCUGAACCACUCGUCUCAUGCUGGAUAUGAGCAAGUGCGUCGCCCAGCGUUACCAUCUGCUCCUUUGAUAACGUCGACGAAUGGAACUAUGACUCGAAGUGUCUCCAGCCCUCUUUAUGUGGAACCGAAGCGUGACCGAUCGGUCAGGCCUAAUGUACCACCACCGCCUCAGCCGCGUCGCCAUUCGCGGCGUUCGCACAGUUCACAUCGACGGCGUCGCGAUAACGACCAUGAACGGUACGAGCGACACCGCAGUGAAUCACCCUCCUAUCGCCGACCAGCGGUCAUCGCGCCCAACUACACUGCUUUACAACCAUCUACCGUAUCUCCUGGAUAUCGUUUGGAUCCAAACGUUCUGCCUGGCGAGGGACCAUCGAGGGCGAAUUCUCGAGAGAUAUUUAAUCUCUAUCAGACUCGUGACGCAAUGCAGAACGUCGUUGCUCAAUUGUAA